AUGUCAAAAGAUGAACAAACAAUGAAAGCUGGAAACACAGAGCAGAUGGAGGCGAAUGGACCAAAAGAGAUCAUCGAAAGACCAAAGUGGGACAAUAAAGUUCAAUAUUUGCUAACAUGCAUAGGAUUUGCUGUGGGCCUUGGUAAUGUGUGGAGAUUUCCAUAUUUGUGCCAAACAUAUGGUGGAGGGGCUUUUUUGAUUCCUUAUUGCAUUGCUUUGGUGCUGGAGGGUCUUCCUCUGCUGCACAUGGAGCUGGCCAUCGGGCAACGGCUCCGCAUGGGAAGUGUUGGUGUGUGGAAUUCUAUUACCCCCUACAUGGGAGGUUUAGGUGUGGCUUCCUUACUUGUAUCCUUUCUGGUUGGUCUGUUCUACAACAUGAUCCUGGCCUGGAUCCUCUGGUACUUCUUCCAUUCCUUUCAAAACCCUCUUCCAUGGCGGGACUGCCCAGUAAACGCAAACCUUACAGGAUAUGUGACUGAAUGUGAGGAGAGUUCACCUGUGAACUACUUUUGGUAUCGUACAACACUGAACAUAUCACCAAACAUUGAGACCAGUGGGUCUAUAGAGUGGUGGCUGGUGUUGUGUCUUGCAACUGCCUGGUGUCUUGUGUACAUCUGCUUCAUUCGAGGAAUUGAGACAAUUGGAAAGGCUAUUUAUGUCACAGCUACCUUUCCGUAUCUGGUGUUAACCAUCUUCUUGAUCAGAGCGUUGACUCUAUCUGGAGCAGCAGAUGGUUUAGUUUAUCUCUUCACUCCAAAUUGGGAAACCCUGAAAAAUCCUAAGGUCUGGUUGGAUGCUGCCACUCAAAUCUUUUUCUCCCUGUCUUUGGCUUUUGGAGGACUCAUUGCUUUUUCCAGUUACAAUCCACAGAAGAAUAACUGUGAGAGAGAUGCCCUAAUUGUUGGUUGUGUGAACAGCCUUACAUCAUUAUAUGCUUCAAUUCCUAUUUUUGCCAUUCUUGGAUUUAAAGCAAAUGAAAACUACAACACCUGUCGAAACAUAAACAUAUUAAAAUUGACAAAUGCCUUUAACAUCGGUGAUGAAAACAUAACUCUUGAAAACUAUGAUGAGUGGUUGAAUCAUCUUAAUGCAACUAAUCCCAUGGAAGUUGAAAGUCUCAAUCUAAAGACCUGUGACCUGCAGACUUUCCUUGAUCAGAGCGCCUCUGGAACCGGACUGGCCUUCAUUGUGUUCACUGAGGCUGUGAUUAAAAUGCCAGGGUCCCAGGUGUGGUCGGUGCUUUUCUUUGUCAUGCUCUUCAGCCUGGGCCUGUCAUCCAUGUUUGGAAAUCUGGAGGGGGUUCUCACUCCUCUGCUAGACCUGCACAUGGUUCCACCCUGGCUUCCUAAAGAGAUUUUUACAGGCUUAAUAUGCCUCACCUCCUUCACUGUGGCUCUUAUCUUCACUUUGAGCUCUGGAAACUACUGGCUGGAGAUUUUCAACAGCAAUGUUGGAUCCAUGCCUCUGCUUAUCAUAGCGUUCUUCGAGAUCAUCAGUGUGGUGUACAUCUAUGGAAUAAACAGGUUUAAUGAUGAUAUAGAAUGGAUGUCAGGCCAUAGACCAAAUAUUUACUGGCAGGCGACUUGGCGCUUCAUCAGCCCUUUCAUGCUUUUUGCAGUUUUUGUUGCAUAUGUUGUGGUUGAAGCUGAAAAACGACCGACAUACAACACCUGGAACCCCAAUUAUGUGCACUUCCCCCUGGCUGAUGUUCUGUACUAUCCUGAAUGGGUUUAUGUGAUCUGCGUGCUCCUGUCCGUCAUUCCUGUCGUUUCCAUUCCUCUAGUGGCAUUCUACCACUUUGGGAGAUUCCUGAAGAAGACCAUCAUGAACAGGCACAACCAAAAUCCAUAUGCAGUGGAAAUCAGUUUUGGAGAUCUGUAA